UAAAACGAUUCUGCUCUUUGGUGUCUUGUUCCUCCAAAUAUGUAACACAUUGCGGACACACUCUCUCCUUUAACUGUCAUUACCUGCAUACCAUGGUGGAUUAUCAAUUUCUGUUGGACGUGGGAAUCUCGGCCGAAAAGGACGGUUGCUGUUUGUGUUGCUCUUGUUGUUAUUGUAGCUAGCGCUACUGUUAGCUAAAUUAGCUAACAUUGCUGUCUUCGCUCUCAGCAGCUGAGGUUGAUUCAUUGCUGCGGGGCAGUAAACCAAUGUUUAUGUUACGCUUAUUAACUCGUUACGUAAUUGGCCUAGCCAGCAUUUGAGGCAAGGUUAGUGCACGAUAUGCUAACGUUAUUUGACAAGUUAACGCUAACAUCUGUGUGCUUUAGAAGAAGACACUUCAAUUAAAAUGUUAUUAUUAGCUAAAACACCGAAUGCUGCCAGCAGCGUAAGCUUUAACGUUAACUAACUUAGUUGGCGUUAUUGCUGUCUAUAUGUUUUGAGAUGGAGCAGCAGGAAGCAGCCAGUGGGAUGGCUCUAAUUCCUCAUACCACAUCUGUCUGAGUUGUGCGUCUCUGAAAGAGAAAUCAUGUCUUGCAAAGCCGCAACCAAGGACAAGAAGUCGAGCUUCAGCAAGAAGCUGUUCAGGCGAGGCUCAGUGCGCUCUGUGGGCAGUUUCAUGAGCAGAGUCCUGAGGACACUGACAGCGUUAUCCCACUUUGGAUCUGAAGUGCAAACAGAGGACGACAAAGACGAUGGAGGAUUUUCCACGUUUAAAUCUGGAAGUAAAGAUGUGCACAUGGAUGAUGGGGACCUCGGAGGUUUCCUGUCUGGAGAGAGAGUUCCUGGAGUGUCAGGUCUCAAAAACCACGGGAAUACCUGCUUCAUGAAUGCAAUUUUGCAGUGCCUCAGUAACACCGAACUCUUUGCUGAGUACCUCGUUUUGGAGCACUAUAAAGACGAGGAGCUGGAUGAGGACAAACCAAAGACAAAUGGCAUACAUCUGCAGAAGAAGGGUCCUCUGGCCAAAGGAGAGGUUACAGAGCAACUGUCAGGACUUGUCCGGGCAUUAUGGACGUUUGAGUACACCCCCCAGCAUAGCAGGGAUUUCAAGAAUGCUGUGUCAAAAAAUGCCACCCAGUUUAAAGGGAAUGCUCAGCACGAUGCUCAAGAGUUUCUACUGUGGCUGCUGGACAGAGUACACGAGGAUAUAAACACAGUCAACCCCAACUGCAGGCCUGCUAUAAAGCCACCUAUUGAAGAAGAUGAUCAAAGCACAGAGGGGGCAUCACCUCCCCUCUCUGCUGGGUCGUUUGUGCAAGAACUGUUUCAGGCUCAGUACAGGUCGUCUCUCACUUGCCCACAUUGCCAAAAGCAGAGCAACACUUUUGAUCCCUUCCUCUGCAUCUCAUUACCAAUCCCUCUGCCACACACGCGGCCCCUGUAUGUGACUGUGGUGUACCAAGGGAAGUACUCUCACUGUAUGAGGAUCGGAGUUGCUGUUCCCCUCAACAGCACUGUCUAUCGCCUCAGAGAUGCUGUGUCAUGUGAGACCAAGAUCCCAAUGGACCAGUUUGUUUUGACUGAAAUGUACUAUGAUGGUUUUCAUCGUUCAUUUUGUGAUGACGAUGAUGAUCUUAACAUCAUUCAAGAGAGCGAUUCCAUAUUUGCCUUUGAGACACCAGAGACCUUCAAACUGGAAAAUAUACGCACAAAAAGAGGAAGUCUACUGGCAAACCUGAAUCAUAACAACUUCAAGUAUGGGACAGAAAUCAGCAGGACUCCGUCAUUCAUGCAGGGUGCCAUGACUCCUUUAACGGCAUCACCGAAUAAAAACCUAGGACCAGAAAAAAUAAUCCUUCUGGUGUGUAACAGAGCUUGUAGCGGCCACCAAGGAAAGAGGUUUGGACUCCCCUUUGUACUGUACAUGGAGCGCACUGUGACCUGGGAUGCUCUACAGAAAGAAAUCCUGGAAAAAAUGCGUCAUCUGUUGAGGCCUGGGGUCUACGUUCAGGUUGGACCUUUCAGUCUUCGGGUGGUUGGCGUUGUUGGUAUCACCUACCUCCUUCCUCAAGAUGAACGACCACUGUGUCACCAAACUGUGGAUAGAGCAUACAAGUCCUGUGGACAAGGGGGCCCACCACAUGUGAAGAUUGUGGUAGAGUGGGACAAAGAGACCAAGGACUAUCUGUUUGGACACACUGAGGAGGAGUACAUUCCUGAUGCUGAGAGCGUGUAUCUGCACAGGGAACAACAUCAUCAGCCGCAGGCCUGCACCCUCGCUCAGUGCUUUCAGCUCUACACUAAGGAGGAGCAGCUGGCCCCAGAUGAUGCCUGGCGCUGUCCCCACUGCAAGCAGCUGCAGCAGGGCCGCAUUAAGCUCAGCCUGUGGACGCUUCCGGAUGUGCUCAUACUGCAUCUCAAGAGGUUCAGACAGGAGGGAGACCGGAGGGUGAAGAUGCAAAACAUGGUGAAGUUCCCGCUGAUGGGCAUGGACAUGGCCCCUCAUGUGGUUAAAAGAAGCCAGAGCAGCUGGAGUUUACCUUCCCAUUGGUCGCCAUGGAGACGGCCCUACGGUCUAGGAAGAAACCCCGAUGACUAUCUGUAUGACCUGUAUGCUGUGUGCAACCACCAUGGGAACAUGCACGGAGGCCACUACACUGCCUACUGCAAGAACUCAAUUGAUGGUCAGUGGUACUGCUUUGAUGACAGUGAGGUUUCACCAGUAGCUGAUGAUGACGUGUGUCAACAGACGGCUUAUAUACUGUUCUACCAGCGGAGGACAGUUAUUCCAUCCUGGUCAGCCAACAGCUCUGUUGCUGGUUCCACCAGUUCAUCCCUGUGUGACCACUGGGUCAACAGGUUACCUGGCAGUAGGCCUGCUAGUUUGGCCUCCGGGGCCUCAUCCAGGCGCACCUCUCUGGCAUCACUGGCUGAGUCAGUUGAGUUUCCAGCAGAACGCAGUGAAGAUGAUGGAGGAUUCUCCGUCCGUCCUUUUGUGAGGAGCAUCCAGCGUCAGAGCUUGUCCUGCAGGUCUUCCAUCGCUAGCCCUUUAGCCUUCAGCGACAGUGGGAUAAAACCUUCGUGGUCUCUAUCUGCAAAGCUGCACAUGCGGUCCAACUCGCCAUCGCGCUUCUCCCUCGACUCUCGAUGUUCUCCUCCUCUAGAGAGGAUAGGAGAGGCCUGUGAUGACAAAGUUUCCACUUCCUGUUUUGGAAGCUACAGUAGACAUGAACGCUACUUUGGCAGCAGGUCUCCCCUGUCGAUGAUGGAGAGCAACUUGAGUGACCAGGACAACAAUAAAAGGUUCCUAGACAUGAUGUACUGCAGGGCUCCCACUCCAGUCGAAAAGAAAGGCACCAAAAAUGAGCCAACUGAAAACAACAACCAGAUAACCGCUAUUGACCAAAACAUUGUACCCACCCAAGCUACUCCCUCCAAAGAACAGAAACGUAAGAGCAGUAUCGGAGGAUUUGCAUCCAAGGCAGAAAGCACAGGCUCAACAAAGAGUUCCAGCAAAGCGGAGCAAGAGAAAACCUCCAAAAAACGUUUGUGCUCCACCCUUAAGACCGCCGCUUCUGAGACAUCUUCCAGUACACCUGUGAAGGGCAAAAAGAUGAGCAAUACUAAAGAAAAGAGUGUAAAUACCAAGAAAAGCACCUCUACACCCAGUGGAACUCCUUCUAAAACAAAGGAAGCAACUCGACCUCUAGAGGCAACGCCACAACACAAGCCAUGCGUCCGCUCCACACCUCAGUCCUCAGCUUCUCCCUCGCCAACUGCAAAGAAGAUUUCCAGUGCCACUGAGAAAAGCUCUGCGAAUAGUCGGAAAAAGCUGAUAGAAAGGAGCUACAGCAGAGAUUCUAUGCACACUAGCCCCCUGGUAGACAAUCUCCGAGGCAGCUUGGUAGCCCGCUCUUCACUGCCAAAGAGUGGGGAAAGCAACCGGCCUGAGAGGAGAUUUGUGAGGAGCUCUAGCAGCAGCUCUUCUGUCACUAGUCUGCGCUCACCCAGCGUAUCCACCAGAGACCUGCAGCGCAGCAGCAAACCGGAGGAAAAAGCGUUGUCGUUCUUCAAGAGUGCCCUGCGACAAAGGGAAAGCCGCAGGUCGGCCGAUUUAGGAAAGAGCAGCAUGCUUGCAAAAAAGGCCUCAGAGAGGACAUGCAAGCAGAAUGGACAAGCCAAGGACAUUGCUGGAGAUAAUGGAAAGACAGGAGGCGCUGUAUCUUCACAGAAAUCUGUAGAGUCUCAUGGAGGUGAGACAAAGUCAGAGACAAAGGCGUCUUCCAAGCCCCCCAGCUCUCUCAGUCGUACUCUAUUAAACGUUGGAAAAUCAAAGUCUUCCACUUCUGAAGUAAGUCUCAAGUCUCCCACAAACGGGAAGAAGCCUCUUGAAAGGAUGGCUUCCUCCCGAAAGCUGUCAUCAAGCAUGCAAUCUCCUGCACGUACAACACAGAGGCCUCAAUGAUAUAUCGAUAGUAGUUAACGUUGAACUUACAUAAUGCAGCUAUUUUCUUUGUGCCUAAGUUUCAGUGAACAUCAGAUAGAUUUGUAAAUAGACAUUUUUUGACAUUAUGGUUUUGUGCACUAGCAUCAAAUGCAUAUACUGGCUUUGAGGUUUGAAUAUCAGCAGCUAGUUUUGAGGAUAAAAAGUAAUAUAUUUCACAUCACCUGCAUAUUUGGGUUUCAAACACUUGCAUGGUAUGAUGCCAGUUCUUCUAUUUUUUUAAAUACUGUUUCCAAUUACACCUUUAAGCAUUAGGUAUGAUUUUGAUGCAAGUGAGAAAAUGGAGUGAAGGCUGAUCGGUUGACACAAAAUGUGUAGAUGUUUUCUGGCAUGGGGGAUACAUGGGUAGGCCAUAUCCAUUCAGCUGUACAACACAACAUAUUUGAUUGUGUGUACUGGAGGUGUAUAUGACAGCUGACAGAAUUCCCUAUUGGAAUCUUGAAAUCCAAUUAUCUUCACUUCACAUCUUUGCAUGUUGGGAACAUUAAGUUUAGUUUUCUUGCAAGAUGUAAUGCUGGCCAAACCUGAUUUUCAAAUUUUGCAGCUUAUACAUUAAAAUAAAUUAAGGGGCUAAGAAACAUUUCACCUUAUACGCACCAAUAAUACAUAAUAUAUCCUAUAGACUGACAUUCUGAAUUGAUUUAGACACACAUUCUUGGAAUUAAGAUAGAAAUAAGCUGGCUGUUGAUUUUUAAACCUCCUGUUCUAUAAGCAUUUUGAAUGCAACAGCAGUGAGAACAGAACCUUAACAUCAAAAAUGGUCUCUGGACAAAUAUUGAGGCUGAGUUGGUAUGCUCACAAACACACGCACACACAUACAUAAGAAUUUCAUUCUGAAAGAAAUGUGGCUAAGCAUUCGUAGAAAUUUGUAUUGAUUGUUUUAAGUAAAACCUGCAAUCUGUCUUCCAAACACUUUCUCCAUACACCUCGUGCAUUGGUUAAUAGAGGUAACGUGUUUUGUUUUUUUCAGGGAGAAAAGACAUUAGUAGCCUGAAUGUACUGACAAGUAAUUGUCUGGAUAGUAUCAAGGAUUAAUAUGUAGCUGAAAAAAUAAGAGAUUAUUCUAAACAUUACAUUCUAAACAAACUAAACAUUAAACAAAUAGAAAUACAGUGGUGACGGUAGGCCCUGUACCAAAACCUAAAAUGAUUUGAGAUAAGAAAGAAUCGGUACACACAUUGAGAAAAGUUUUCCAAUAUUUUAAAACUUUAUUUUUGUUUAAUACUAGUAAUGUUUUGAUAGAAAUGUAUUUUAUCAAAUGCUUAUUGAAAUUUUUUUUUCUGAAAGGGACCGUGUGUUUUGGCAUGAAACCCUUUAAAAUCAAAGUAUAUAAAUACAUAUAUAUGUGUGUCUGUAUAGUAUACAGAAUAUGUCCCAUUUUUUCCUUUCCAUGAGCAAGAUAAAAUUAUCUUAAGCGCCUUUCAAUACUGUACAUGGAAACAAGUUAUUGCUUUUUGCAACAUUGUAGUCUACUACUGUAUGCACCACUGAGUAGGAAUGUUGUAUUGUUCGCACUUUGUAUAGAUAAAGUAGUUUUCUUUUACCAGAA